AUGGCCAACCUUUCGCCUCAUGAUUACGAUAUCAUCGCAAAGCAUCCCUUUAAUGACUCGCUAAAUCAGCUGCAAGGCCCACUUCGGGAGGCAGAGCAAACGUAUGAUGUCUCAGCUGAUCCUCAGAAUGAAAUCUGCCAAAAGGCAAUAUCAAAACUUCUUGCUUUUUUUCUGAGGCAAGAGAUAACUCUUGGCCUUCAAUCAGAAAUAAGUAAUCAUGACGUGGUUUCUGAGCUUGUAGAUAUCUUUGGACGCAUUCGCAAGGGUGAUCUUGUCAUCCAAAACGCAUCAGAUGUUGAUAUCUGCAAGGCUGUCCUUGAUCUCACAGCUACCAUCCCACAAUCAACUCCACUGGCAAGCGUCCCCCCUACCUUUUAUGGCACGCCAGUCCAACAAUUCAUCUCAUCAUCACAGAGAGACUCCGAGCAGACACGCGAGUUGGAUGUCAAGGGCUUCUUCAACAAGUACUUUGAGGGAAAAGUCUGGAGUGACAAAGCAGAUGCCAUCUGUCAACGCAUGCUAACCCCAGACAGUGAUGAGAACUGGGCCCAGUUUCCUGAUCCUCCUAUGCAGAGUGAUGUCCUUGCCUGGUGGCUUCAUCUUCAAGGGGACCUUCUCUCAGAAUCACACAGCAUCUACUACACCACAGUGAGCAAAGCAGAUCUUACUGAUUCAAAGACAGAACAACGAGCUGACCUCCUUCUGAGAGCUAGAAGCACAAGCCUCUCACAAGGCAAACAUGACUGGAGAGACAUCCUGGUGAUUGGUGAGCUGAAAAUAUCAGAGAAGGAGAUCAGGACCAAAGAUACAUUGCUGCAGAUAAGCUGCUAUGUGCGUGAUGUCUUUGCCACCCAACCCACCCGGCGCUCAGGCAUCAUUGAUGUCAACACAGACCCAAGACAAUUCCUUCAGGUGUUUGUGGGCUACACCAUGAUGAGUGAUGAGGAGCUGGGACUGGACACCUUUAUUGCUAGGAAUGAAGAUGGCAGCAAAUCAAUAAUCAUCAAAGAGCCUGAAUCCUCAGAGGAAAUGAUACUGCAGCUGAGAAAAAUGCUUUCCUUUCAGCAUGCCAUUGUGUGCCGUGGGACCACAUGUUUUCUCACAGAUGAUGGAGAAGUGGAGGGUGUAGCCAAGCUCUCAUGGGUAUCAGAUAAGUGGCACCCAGGGGUGGAACUCCUCAAGCUAGCAGCUCAAAAAAAUGUCCAAGGGAUUGCCAGGAUUAUUGGACACAGUACCAUCACCAGCAUAGCUGACAUGCGCUGCGGCCUGACCUUCGACAACAAGCGCCAUGACUUCAAAAGUGCAUUCCUCAGUACAACCUCCUCAUUUCAUCCAUCUCAGCCAUCUGCUGGGUCCUGA